UAUCGAGCCUCUCACGUCGUGCCUACCGAAGAGAAACCAGACGAAGUUGACACUAAUAAGAACAAGAUAGUAUCAAAGAGUCAGAUGUGCUGUUACUGUGGUCCGGGUACUUUACACAACAGGACGUGAACUGAAGGGGGCCUCAUGUGUUUCCGCUACGGCACUGCCGAGACGCCAUUCAUAAUGGACAUCGAUCACUUCUUCACCAUGGAGGAGAGGACAAUGGGCUCCAGCAUCGCAUCACAGCAUCCGACACUAAAAGCCUUCCUCGGAGACUUCUCAUUGUGAGUGUGUGACAUCAAACGACAUUUCAUCCCCUGGAUCAAACCUGGCAGCGAUGCCGGUUGGUCAUCAGGCAACCGGCAGCACCUCUCUCCAGAUCCCUCCCCAGCCUGAGACGGCUGUGCUCAGGAGCCGGCACCCAAUCCUGCUGGACACCCACCGGCCCUACUUGGUCCAGGACAUCAUCAAUCCUAAGCGAGGAAUGGAGGGGCCCCUGCAGACACCGCAGCCCCCCAGGACCUGCAGCUCACCCGGACCUGCUGGGAAGUCAUGCUGGAGCUUGGACGCGAGGGUGGCCGUGCUUCUGGUGACUCUGGCUGCAGCUUUAAUUCUGCUGCUGCUGUACAAACUCUUACAGCUGAGACACAGACUGAUGUUGGCCAGGGCGAGCCACGCGCUUGAGUACUACAGCUUCUACCACUCCGCCACCUACACACUCAAACACGCAGCGUCGUGUCAUGACCUGCCAACCAAGGAAGGGGCAGUCCCUGACGCUACCCCACCUGAGCAAACCGUGACCACGGUGAAACACGCAGUCAUCGCCCCACUUCCACCGCCACCCGUGCAUUCUCCACCCCCUCUGCCACUCCCCCCACAUCCUGUCCUGCCUCCACCGCAGCGCCAGACUCCACCCACUCUUACUCUGACACCUCCCACCCUGGCCUUCCCUCUCCACCUGCCUGCGAUCCACACCGCCCCGCCCAGCCCUCACCUGUCUUGGGGCGCCUGCUCAGAUGCAGAUGUGUACUCUCGGAUCGGAGCUUUCCGACCCUCUAGGCUCUCCAGCCUCUCCAACCAAUCGAAAGUCAUCCUUUUUGAGCACUCAUCUCUCUGACCUUUGAGGCGGAACAUGCCAGAAGACUGUAUAGUGAUUAUCAAAAAACACUAUGCUGUGUAUCCUUUAACCAGCUCUGGACUUUGUGCCAGACCUCUGCAAGAAAAUUGCAGUCAGGAGCAAAACAUCUGUAUUUAUGUUUUGCUCCAUUGGAGAGUGGAGUUGUCUCCUAAUUCCCAGUGGCAGUCCCACGGCGGGAGUUUCCUUUCCCGAAAUGUUACAAUCUCAGUCAAAACUUGUUCUCGUGGUAUAUAAGAAAGUUAAUGCUGAUAUGCUGUGCCUUAUAAGUGCUAAUCACUGAGAGCCUCACCAUCUCCAGUGUCAUCUUCAGCAUUUCGGUUUAUAUUGUCAAUAGCAACAUUGGGAACUGAAUGUCCGUUACCAGUAGUUACUGGUCUGGUCCCAGUAUGUCAAGGCCGAUGUCCCCACGUGCUACAACCCCUCAUACAGUAAUUGCAGCGUUUGCUCUUCUGUUCAACGAAUCACUUUCAGACCAAAAUCGGUGAGGUUUACAACUGUUGCUCAAAUGUCUUCUGAAGAGAGAACAGUUGUGACAUUGGAUGGAUGCUAAUGGUCUUCAUGGUUUGCUUUGUUUCAAAUUGGGUCAGAGGCUUUCUGGAGAACUUCAGCCGCAAUACCGUGCAUGCCGCCAAUGUUUUUACCAACUUCAUUUGAUGAAUUAGCUCAACGACCGGUUGUCAGCUCAUUAUUCGUAAUAGUUGACAUUCUGGAGGUGAUUUAGAUGAGAAGAAAUUAGAUGAGAAAGCUGCAAGCAGUUGCCAAGCAACCAAUGAAGACUCCAGGAAGUUACUGGUCGUGGUUAAAAAAUAUUGCUCGGUACAUAACCUUGUGUAUCGGCAAACUAUUAUUUAUAUAUAUUAUGUGUGUGUGUAUUUUCUCAAAAUGUCAAACUUUCCGGCGAGUCAGAAGACUGAACUCACAGAUAGAAGCCCAGAAAUGACGAAAGAUGAGCUGAUGAAUUAUGGAACGACACAGGACAGCGUCAGAGAAACCUGAAGUAAAGUUCAUGAGGUGUGAACUCCUCCUGCAUUCUGCAACUAAAUAAACUUUCUCUCUGUGUAAUGCCUCGCAGACAAAUAUAUUAUCUGUGACACAAUCCUGACAUUUGGUUUGUGGGUGUAACUUGCUUUUUGUAUCCUUAAAUGUUGAUUAUUUAUAUUCCGGAGCUAUAACGUCUUCCUUUGCUCCGUGUAGGUAUUUAAGGAGAGCCCAUUGUUUACCCAAGUGGGAGGCAUUUCCUCAGCCGGUUUUUCCUGUUUCACACCAUGCUCUGUGUUUCCUCUGAUUCUCUCUCUGCAGCUGUCUUACUUUUCAUUUCCUUCACUAACGGUCUUAUAUUAUGAUUUAGAAGAUUUAUGCAAGCAAUUGUCGCAAUCUCAGGCAUGAAUUUUAAAAUGGUACAUGUGUCUCUUUAAUACAUUCAAAAUCAUAGUGCAAGGAAUAUGUAAUUAGUACAAGAGCUGCAUCUGAAUAAUUUGUUCCUUGGUGACCAGACUAAGACAUUUACAGAUUGAUCAUUCUCUAAAGUAGCCCGGUCGAAAAAACACGGGUAACAUCUGUCUUUUGUUCAUAUGACAGCCUGAGCAGUGCCCCUAGGCCCCAACAAGCUGUUAAGUUAAAUUUUCUUUAUAUUUCAUAAUGCGUUUCCAGCAAGGUUUUCAUUUAUAAUUCAACAAUAGUUUGUAAAUUCAAGGAGGACGCACGUUGUUUUACUUGGCGCUUGUUAGUUGCUUUCCGCUGAAAACCGAGACUGUGUGUGCCAUUCCUCCUUAGUCUGCAUCACAGUCCGGUAGUGAGGCCACUGUCUCCACACUAAAAGCCAGUUAAUUCAAUCUGUUCAUGGA